UCAGGGGAGGGGUGGUAUUGUGAAAUUACCUAUUCUAAGAACUUGUUUACUUGAAUAAGGAACUGUACGUUCCAGCUUACAUAAGCACUUCCAAUAUAACCCUGACACAAGUGUAAGAGGGUUGGAAGACACUGAAGCUUCUUCCCCAGCCGUGAGAACGAAUAAAGCUGAGAAAAGACUGCACUGUGUUCUGUGUGUUUGGAACACUGCUCACUCGUGUGAAUUCCAGGUGGAGAAUUUUCAUGACAUUGGCCAUCAGCAUCAUCAGCGCCAUGACAAGUGGAAGUCAAAGGGGACAUUUGAUUUCACAACAAUGGCAUAAACAAUGUCAUAAUAGAGCUGAUGGAAGUGAAAGAGGAACAUCAAGAACUGAAUGAAGUGGAGGAGAAAUGUCAGUAUCAGAAACAUCAUGAUUUCACAACUGGAAAAAAAUUGUUUAGUGGCUCAAAGUCUAUGAAUUUCUCACCAAAAAAGCCUCAAAGAAGAGCAGCCAAGAAAUCUCUAAGUGUGGAAAAAGUUUCACUUUUAAAAGCAAUCUUAAUAGACUAAUGAGAGCUCACACUGGAGAGAGGCCUUACACAUGUGAUCCAUGUGGAAAAGGUUUUAUAAAAAAAAAACACCUUAAUAUACACAUGAGAGCUCACACGGGAGAGAAGCCUUACACGUGCCAUCAGUGUGGGAAAAGUUUCAUUAUAAAAGGAACCCUUAAUGUACACAUGAGAAUUCACACUGGAGAGAAGCCUUACACAUGCCAUCAGUGUGGAAGAAGUUUUGCAUAUGCAGCUAGUCUCAAGAAUCAUCUCCGCUGUCACUCUGGAGAAAGACCAUUUGAAUGUGAUCAGUGUGGUAAAACAUUUGUUUUGAAUUCAAGCUUAAAACUACAUCUGAAAACUCACACAAAUGAGAAGCCAUACAAGUGUUCUUUUUGUGGAAAAAGUUUUGUAAACCCGUCCUAUUUUAAAGAACACCAGAAAAUACAUACCGGUGUGGGUGCUCAUAUGUGUUUUGAAUGUGGAAAGACCUUUAUUACAGCUGGCAACUUGAAACAGCACCAAAGAAUUCAUACUGGAGAAAAACCUUACAAGUGCUCCCACUGUGGAAAGAGUUUCACUCAGUCACAACACCUGAAAAAACAUGAGAGAAUCCAUACUGGAGAAAAACCUUACAAGUGCUCACACUGUGAAAAGUGUUUCACUCACACAUACAACCUGAAAAAACACAACAGAAUCCAUACUGGAGAGAAACCUUACAAGUGCUUACACUGUGGAAAGAGUUUCACUCGGUCAGAAAACCUGAAAAUGCACGAGAGGAUCCAUACUGGAGAGAAACCUUACAAGUGCUCACACUGUGGAAAGACUUUCACUCAGUCACAAAACCUGAAAAUGCACUUGAGAAUCCAUACAGGAGAGAAACCUUACAAGUGCUCACACUGUGGAAAGACUUUCAUUCAGUCAGAAAACCUGAAAAAACACAAGAUAAUACAUACUAGAGAGAAACCUUACAAGUGCUCACACUGUGGAAAGACUUUCACUCUGGCACAAAACCUGAAAAUACAUGAGAGAAUCCAUACUGGAGAAAAACCUUACAAGUGCUCACACUGUGAAAAGAGUUUCACUCAGUCAGAACACCUGAAAACACACGAGAGAAUCCAUACUGGAGAAAAACCUUACAAGUGCUCACACUGUGAAACGAGUUUCACUCAGUCAGAACACCUGAAAACACAUGAGAGAAUCCAUGCUGGAGAGAAACCUUACAAGUGCUCACACUGUGAAAAGAGUUUCAUCCGGUUAGAACACCUGAAAACACACGAGAAAAUCCAUACUGGAGAAAAACCAUAUAAGUGCUCACACUGUGGAAAGAGUUUCACUCAGUCAGAAAACCUGAAAAUGCAUGAGAGAAUCCAUACUGGAGAGAAACCUUACAAGUGUUCACACUGUGGAAAGAGUUUCACCCGGUCAGAACACCUGAAAAUACAUGAGAGAAUCCAUACUGGAGAGAAACCAUACAAGUGUUCACACUGUGAAAAGAGUUUCAUCCGGUCAGAACACCUGAAAACACACGAGAAAAUCCAUACAGGAGAAAAACCAUAUAAGUGCUCACACUGUGGAAAGAGUUUCACUCAGUCAGAAAACCUGAAAAAACACAACAGAAUCCAUACUGGAGAGAAACCUUACAAGUGCUCUCACUGUGGAAAGAGUUUCACUCGGUCAGAAAACCUGAAAAUGCACGAGAGAAUCCAUACUGGAGAGAAACCUUACAAGUGUUCACACUGUGGAAAGACAUUCACUCAGUCACAAAACCUGAAAAUGCAUGAGAGAAUUCAUACAGGAGAGAAACCUUACAAGUGCUCACACUGUGGAAAGACUUUCACUCAAUCAGAACAUCUGAAAAUACAUGAGAGAAUCCAUACUGGAGAGAAACCUUACAAGUGCUCACACUGUGGAAAAAGCCUCUCCAGGUCUCACAACCUUAAUAUACACAUGAGAAUUCACACUGGAGAGAGGCCUUACACAUGCGAUCAGUGUGGAAAAAGUUUCAUUAUGAAAACAACCCUUGAUGUACACAUGAGAAUUCACACUGGAGAGAGGCCUUACACAUGCCAUCAGUGUGGAAGAAGUUUUGCACAUGCAACUAGUCUCAAUAAUCAUCUCCGUUGUCACUCUGGAGAAAGACCAUUUGAAUGUGAUCAGUGUGGUAAAACAUUUGUUUUGAAUUCAAACUUAAAACUACAUCUGAAAACUCACACAAAUGAGAAGCCAUACAAGUGUUCUUUUUGUGGAAAAAGUUUUGUAAACCUGUUCUAUUUUAAAGAACACCAGAAAAUACAUACCGGUGUGGGUGCUCAUAUGUGUUUUGAAUGUGGAAAGACCUUUAUUACUGCCAGCAUAUUGAAACAGCACCAAAGAAAUCAUACUGGAGAAAAACCUUACAAGUGCUCCCACUGUGGAAAGAGUUUCAAUCAGUCAGAAACCCUGAAAGCACAUGAGACAAAUCAUUCUGGAGAGAAACCUCACAAGUGCUCACACUGUGGAAAGAGUUUCACUUGGUCACAAAACCUGAAAACACAUGAGAGAAUCCAUACUGGAGAAAAUACUUACAAAUGCUCACACUGUGGAAAAACUUUCACUCAGUCACACGACCUGAAAACACAUGAGAGAAUCCAUACUGGAGAGAAACCUUUCAAGUGCUCACACUGUGGAAAGAGAUUCACUUGGUCACAAAACCUGAAAACACAUGAGAGAAUCCAUACUGGAGAAAAACCUUACAAGUGCUCCCACUGUGAAAAGAGAUUCACUUGGUCACAAAACCUGAAAAGACAUGAGAGAAACCAUACUGGAGAGAAACCUUUCAAGUGCUCACACUGUGGAAAGAGAUUCACUUGGUCACAAAACCUGAAAACACAUGAGAGAAUCCAUACUGGAGAAAAACCUUACAAGUGCUCACACUGUGAAAAGAGAUUCACUCGGUCACAAAACCUGAAAACACACGAGAGAAUUCAUACUGGAGAAUACAAGUGCUCACACUGUGGAAAAACUUUCACUCAGUCACAUGACCUGAAAACACAUGAGAGAAUCCAUACUGGAGAGAAAUCUUUCAAGUGCUCAUACUGUGAAAAGAGAUUCACUUGGUCACAAAACAUGAAAAGACAUGAGAGAAACCAUACCACUGCUCUUCAUGUGGGAAAAGUUUCAACCAAUUAGAUCAGCUACAGAAACAUGUAAAAAGGUAUUGUCCAAGUGAUCACUGUGAUUAAAAAUGACCUGAAUGGAAACAAAUGUAUAUAUAUUUUUUUUUAUCAAGUAUUUUUUUUUUCUAUCUUUGCUGUUGACUAAAACUGUUGUUCCAGUAAAAAUAAUCCUUUAGCCUUCAUAUUCAGUUGUCCACAGUUCUUGUUGAAUAGCCUCCAGGUUUUGAAGGGUCUUUGGUUUUAUUGCAUGGUGAAUGUUGCAUUUUCUUUAGUAAAGCAAAAGCUAAACUGGAUAUAGUUUUUAUAAACAAAAUUUUUUAACAGUAUAGUGUAAUUUUCAGUUCCCCUUCAUGUCGCUUACUUGACGUUACGUAGAUGAUACGACGGUAGGGGUUACUCCUGAUUGAUUAAGGGUUAAAAGGAUGUUUUGGUCAUUGUUGACUAGUUUUCAAAGUAGGUUGUAACACCACAUCAGAAACAGCACUAGGGAAUUGUUGGGGGAAAACACUAAGGGAGACAUUGCUUUAAACUUCUAGGGAUUCAAUGUUAUUUCCGUUGUCUAUUUUUUUUAAACAUGACUGGUGAAAUAUGGACUAACAUGGGAGAUACUCUUCCAUUAGUUAUAUUAAUAUCUGCUCUGCUAAUUUGGAAUUGGGCUGAGUUGCCAGGGUCAUAUUGAAAAGCUGCUGCUUGCUAGCCUGAGUUAAAUGAGCCCAACCCCAUGUCUCUGUGAUAAUUCUGGUGCUGAGAAAUAGGUGUUGAAACGCGGUUGCUAGUGUGCUCUUGAAGAUUGCUAGGGUGUAGUCUGAUUCUUAAUGGCUGCUUGUGAGUCAGAAGAGCAAUCUAAUUAUUGUUUACAUAGUUUCUGCCAAAAUAUUGUAGUUACUGCAAUUAUUAUUACUAGGCCUUAACUUUUACAUUCAUAUGGUAAGACUUUCAAACUAUGUAAGAAGCUUACAGAAUCUUUGUCUUCUGAAUAAUACCUUGUUACCACAGUGUUAUUGUAGAGACAAUACCUGUAAAAACAAAGUCAUGGUUACUUGUGUAACCUCCAUUCCCUGAUGGAGGGAAUGAGAUGUUGUGUCGAUGUAGUGACACUAGGGGUCACUCUUGGGAGCCCGAGACACCUCUGGUCUUUGAUAAAAGGCCAAUGAAAAUUGGUGAGUGGUAUUUGCAUGCCACUCCCCCGGACAUACGGGUGUAAAAGGAGCUGGUAUGCAACCACUCAUUCAGGUUUUACGCUGAGGAGCCGAUAUAAGGUCCGGCCAUUUCAGCGGGUAGUUCAGCGUUGUGGCAGGAGGUUACACAAGUAGGUAACCAUGACGUUCCCUGUCUGUCACUCACUCGACGUUGUGUCGAUGUAGUGACACAAGGGGUCCCUAUACGAAACGCCACAAUUGGCUGAACUGUGUUAUGUGAACUGGCGUUGUGUGGUGGGCAGACUACUGUGUGCCUCAUAGCCAGCACACCAGGUCGACACGUAACCUCCCCCAACAUAGUUAUGAGUGUCAAACGGCCCUUUGUGGACAAGUCGACUACUCAAGAGAUAGAGACAGGCUUAACCCAGUUGUGGCCUCUUUUCCCCUUCUCUUUUUCCACUCCCUAAAAAAGAAGGGGGAUUAUCCGACUGGGCCGCCAGGUCUAGUCGGGGGGUGUCCCUCCCAAGGGGAAGACACCGCAGAGACCACACCUCGCCCAAAGAGAGGGGGGGAUAUUUAAGUGGAAGAAUACGUCACAUGGUCUUUCCAACCAUGUGGAGAGUCUUCAAGGUAGAUCCUACCCAACGGGGGAGGAGUUACUACAAACAUGGAGACUGGGGCAGAGGGGCUCUGCCCAAGGAAGACGCAGUUUGCCUAUAGGGAAACGAAUUAGCGGAAGAUAUAUAUAUUGCAUGGGGUUAGCCUUACAGGGAACCACCACAUGCGGAGCACCUACCCCAGAACAGGGCUCUUAGCACGUGUACUGGGCCGGCAGUGAGUCUCUCCGAAAACUCGAUUGCCACAGGGCUCGGAGGAAGUCAACCAGGGGAAAAAGUUUGUGAACACUACUGGGAAUUAAAGGCGCACAUCUUGAGCUCAAAGGGAGGUGGAAGGCACUAUGUGCAAGCGAUACACCCAGCCAGCUAUCCCGCGCUUAUCCGCUUGUAUUGCGUGCCACUACCUGGGAUGAAACAGGUUCCACCCGGAGGUUGUAGAACCUUGCAAAGGUGUUGGGUGUUGCCCAACCUGCUGCUCUGCAAAUGUCAGUUAGAGAGGCACCCCUGGCCAGGGCCCAGGAAGCCGCUACACCCCAAUGGGCUCGUAGCCCUACCGAUCGCAGCGCUUCCUUUCUGCUGUGCACCAAAGCAGACAAAAAGCUGCUCAGAGAUCCUAAAGCUCUGUGUACGAUCCAAAUAGAUGCGUAAAGCGCGCACCGGACACAGCAACGACAGGGCUGGGUCUGCCUCCUCCUGGGGCAGCGCUUGCAGGUUCACCAUCUGGUCCCUAAAAGGGGUGGUGGGAACAUAGCCCGGUUGGGGUCUCAGGAUCACGUGAGAGUAGCCCGGACCGAACACCAGGCACGUUUCACUGACAGAGAAUGCUUGCAGGUCUCCUACCUUCUUGAUGGAAGUGAGCGCAGUCAGGAGGGCAGUCUUCAAGGAGAGUGCCUUAAGCUCGGCUGACUGCAAAGGCUCAAAGGGGGCUUUCUGUAGACCCUGAAGAACUACAGAGAGGUCCCAUGAGGGAAUGAGGUGUGGUCUGGAGGGAUUCAGCCUCCUGGCGCCUCUCAGGAACCUGAUGAUCAGGUCGUUCUUCCCUAAGGACUUACCGUCGACUGCGUCGUGGUGUGCUGCUAUGGCGGCAACGUACACCUUCAAGGUGGAAGGGGACAGACUCCCUUCCAACCUCUCCUGCAGGAAGAAAAGCACUGAUCCGACUGCGCAUCUCUGGGGGUCUUCCCGUCGGGAAGAACACCACUUAAUGAACAGAUGCCACUUAAAGGCAUACAGGCGCCUUGUAGAGGGGGCCCUAACCUGAGUGAUUGUGUCUACCACCACGUCCCAUCCAGGGGCCAGAUAUGGAGAUUCCAGAGGUAUGGUCGUGGGUGCCAGAGGGUGCCCCGUCCCUGAGAAAGAAGGUCCUUCCUCAGGGGAAUUCGCCGGGGGGGGGCUGUCGCAAGGAGCGUGAGGUCCGAGAACCACGUCUGGGUGGGUCAGUAGGGUGCUACCAGGAUGACCUGCUCCUCCCUGAUCUUGCACAGGGUCUGUGCAAGUAGGCUCACUGGGGGAAAUGCAUAUUUGCAUAGGUCAGGGGGCCAGCUGUGUGCCAGCGCGUCUAUGCUGAGGGGAGCCUCGGUGAGGGCGUACCAGAGCGGGCAGUGGGAGGAUUCUUGGGAGGCGAACAGGUCCACCUGUGCCCAUAUGAAUCGACUCCAAAUCAGCUGGACCACCUGAGGGUGGAGUCUCCACUCUCCCCUGAGGGUAACCUGCCGUGACAGCGCGUCUGCUGUAGUGUUGAGGUUGCCCAGGAUGUGAGUGGCUCGCAGCGACUUGAAGUGCUGCUGUCUCCAGAGGAGGAGACGGCGGGCGAGUUGUGACAUACAACGAGAGCGCAGACUGCCUUGGCGGUUGAUAUAUACUACCGUUGCCAUGUUGUCUGUCUGAACUAACACGUGCUUGCCCUGGGUCAACGGCUGAAACCUCCGCAGGGCGAGCAGAAUUGCCAGCAACUCGAGGCAGUUGAUGUGCCAAUGCAGUCGCUGGCCCGUCCACAGGCCGGCGGCUGCGUGCCCUUGCAAACAGCGCCCCAGCCCAUUUUGGAGGCGUCUGUCAUGACCACGACGCGCCUGGAGACCAGUUCUAGAGGAACACCUGCCCCUAGAAAUGAGAGGUUGGUCCAAGGGCUGAAAAGAUGGUGACAGGCCGGCGUGAUGCCCACACGAUGUGUCCCGUGGCGCCAUGCCCAUCUCGGGAUUCGAGUCUGAAGUCAGUGCUGAAGCGGUCUCAUAUGCAUCAACCUGAGCUGGGUGGCUACCGCGGAGGAUGCCAUAUGCCACAGGAGCCUCUGAAAAAGUUUCAGUGGAACUGCUGUUGCUGGCAACAGGCCAGCACCAACUGGGCGCGCUCAUUUGUAAGGCGCGCCGUCAAAGAGACUGAGUCCAGCUCCAAACCGAGAAAAGAGAUACUCUGAACCGGGAGGAGCUUGCUCUUUUCCCAGCUGACCCGAAGCCCUAGUCGGCUGAGGUGUGAGAGCACCAAGUCCCUGUGUGCGCACAACAUGUCUCGAGAGUGAGCUAGGAUUAGCCAGUCGUCGAGAUAGUUGAGAAUGCGAAUGCCCACCUCCCUUAACAGGGCAAGAGCAGUCUCUGCGACCUUCGCGAAGACGCGAGGAGACAGGGACAGGCCAAAGGGGAGGACUAUGUACUGAUACGCCUGAUCCUCGAAUGCAAACCGCAGGAAGGGUCUGUGUCGAGGAAGGAUCGAGACGUGGAAGUACGCGUUCUUCAGGUCUACUGCUGCAUUCCAAUCUUGAUGCUGGACGCUCGCCAGAAUGCAUUUUUGCAUCAGCAUCUUGAACGGGAGUCUGUGUAAGGCCCGGAUCAGUACACCAGGUGGCGGUGCUCUGCGGGCAUAGGUGCACUAUGAGCGCCUUAUCCCCGGGGGAAUCGCCGUAUAGCCCCUGGCCGCCCCACCAUUGAGGGUAGUGAGAGCGGGGGCACUGCGGAAUCGGGGCCGGGCAGUAAAAGGUGCCUCCCACAAUUCGUCAUCCCGUUUCCGGGAAGAAAGCCACUGGAGCGGGCGUGGCUGCUUUUGAGCAGCGCCGCGAGCCCAGGAACCAAUCAUCAAGCCGCGAGGGUUCAGGGGAGAGUGGAGGGUUCCACUCUAACCCGACGCUCGCGGCUGCCCGGGAAAGUGUGUCCGUCAUUUUGGCAUCAGCCUGUGACUGGGCAAUCGUCCCCGAGGGCGGGAGCCCAGCUGAGGCUUCUGCGUCCGACUGGACAAGCCCGCUCUCUGAUGCUGCGCUCGAGAGCUCAUCAUCUUCGCGGGCUCCGAACAAGAAUCCAUACUCGCCGUGAGACGAGCCGGCGAACUCAUCCGGAAGCCCAACUGGGGCAGACGAGCGUGCUGGGGAAUGGGAGGUCCACGGGGGAUCCCCGGCGGAGGCGAUCCCAUUGGGGUCCCCAAAUCGCCCCCAGUGCUAGCCGCGCUGGCCUCAUACCCAUAGGUAGAAGGACCGAGACGGGGAGCCAGGCGCGACCGCAGUGUUGCCAUGGUCAUGUUCUCGCAAUGAGAACAUGAACCAUCCACAAACGCUGCCUCCGUGUAGGUCAUGCCCAGACAUGAAAGAUAGCGAUCAUGGCCAUCCGAAGUUGAGAGAUAACGACCGCAACCAGGAAUAACACACAAUCGGAAAGGCAUCUUUUUAAAAAGACGUUCCGUGCAUGCCGCUCUUUUAGAGAAAUAUGCUCUUUUAGAGGAAGAGCUCUUUCAGAAAAUAUAUUCUCUUUGUUUUCUGCGGAAGCGCCCAGGGGCGUUCUCUGCAGUGCACCAGUGCAGAGGAGGGAGAAGCCGCUGAAAUGCACCAUCAGAUCCAGCAGAGGUGAAUGAACAGUAGAAUUCAGCUCAGUGAGCAUGACCGUUCGGCUCCGAAGAGAAAAUCUGAAUGAGUGGUUGCAUACCAGCUCCUUUUAUACCCGCAUGUCUGGGGGAGUGGCAUGCAAAUACCACUCGCCAAUUUUCACUGGCCUUUUAUCAAAGACCAGAGGUGUCUCGGGCUCCCAAGAGUGUCACUACAUCGACACAAUGUCGAGUGAGUGACAGAUAGGGAACUUUUUUUUUUUGGCAUCAACUUUUUUUUAAUUGUAAAAAAAUAUUAAGUGAUACCUUAUUCCAGUUUAAACAAUGCAAUUGAUUUAUUUGAGUUUUAUCGAGUUAAAACUUAUUUUUGUAUAUAUAUAUAUAUAUAUAUAUCUACAAUUUGAGAAUGUGUUUGUAUUCAUGUUCAAGUGUUUUUAAGUUUUAAUGUUUUGAAAAAAAGAUUUGUCAUAAAAGUGUAUAAAUAAACGGAUAUAGCAAAUACAGUAUAUUGUACAGUGUUGUAUUAGUUUGGGUUCCAGGUAAACUCAACAUUUCUUAUUUCUGUCCUAUAUGAAAGCUUAAGAACUCCUGCCUUAAAUACAUCUUUAGCAACUUUAUACUUGAAUCUAUGAGAUUUUCAAAUUGAAAAUGUGAACGCAUUUUAAUCAUAUUUAUAUAAAUAAUAAGUUACAUUUAGAAUUUUGUUCAACUUUGAAUAUUUCUAUAUCAACUUGUCUUGUCUGGUGUGUGUAUAAAUAUUGUCUGAUGUCACUAUUAAAGCCCAUCAUUCAUAAUCUGA